AGAGAUAAAUGGGCAAGAAUAACAGCUGAUUGCGUAUUUUCAUCAAGGCCAGGUGAUGUGGCUACUGUCAGUUUGAUGUUCAAACGAUUUUCCACCUUGGACUAUGAUAUAUACGUAUAUCAUAACAAAAAUAAUUAUAAAAUUAUUAUUUUCGUAAUAGAAUAUAGUCGUAUUGAACUGCGUCUUGAGAUUGGAGUAUGCAUAAGUCGGUAAAAGUCGGCAUCAAGAGUAACGUGCAAGGAACUUCUAACACAAAACCUUGACAACAAAAUCAUAAUUUUUUCAAAUUAUUUCAAUUAAUAAAACGAUCGAAUAAUAUUAUUAAAAAAUGAAACUUUUAACACAUAAUAUGUUAACUUCAAAAUGCUUGAAAGGUGUAACUGUUGGAUAUCCCCUCGGGAUUGUUGCAAAAGGUAUUAAAGUGUCAGAAGUAGAUUUCAAUCCAGAAUUUAUUGCAAGAAUAAUUCCAAAACUUGAUUGGGCUACAUUUUGGGAAGCUGCAGAAAGUAUAGGUCACGUUGGAGAAUUACCACAGACUUUGAUUCAAGAUUUUGAAACAAACGAGGAAUUUUUAAAAAUGGUUCAUCAUAUAUUAUUGGAAGUUGAAGUCAUUAAUGGAGAUCUACUAUGUCCAGAAUCUGGCAGAAAAUUCCCUAUUAACGAUGGUAUACCAAAUAUGCUCUUAAAUGAAGAUGAAGUUUAAUGAAUGAUAUUGCAGUAAUCAAAUUAGAUGCCAUCUGUAUCUUUUCUUUUUACAAAUACUAGACAUUUAUAUGUUGUACAUAAAAUGUUUUAUUCUUUUUUAUAACAUAUAUAAUUUGACUUGAUAUCUUUGUUAUUACAAUUAAUAUAAAAUGAUGUAAUAUAAAAUCACUAAUUUAAAAAUAACUAUGUAAAAGUUAUAGUAAAUUAAAUAAAUAUGUAAAAUUAA